GAUUGGGUUUCUUUCCCCUCAGGUCGAUCCCGAGAUUCAAUCACUCUCAGAGGGACCCACUUUGCCAACAAGAAGCAACGAUGAGUUCCGUCCCUUCGUUCGUCGCCUCCCAGAGUUCAAGUUCUGGUACUCAAUAACAAAGGCUUUUUGCAUUGCGUUUGUGAUGACAUUUUUUAGUGCAUUUGAUGUUCCAGUGUUCUGGCCAAUACUCCUAUUCUAUUGGGUGGUCCUAUUUACACUUACUAUGAGGAGACAGAUAUCACACAUGAUCAAAUACAAAUAUGUACCGUUCACAUUGGGCAAACAGCGCUAUAAUGGGAAGAGAGCAUCAGCAGAAAGCGCAAGCCUUUCAGAGGACUGAGACCUUCAGGUUUAUUGAUCUUUUAUAUACCAUUGCAGUAUAUUUUAACGGGUGGAGCAAUCUGAGUAGGUCAAUGUGGACCCAAAGAAGGUUGCUUUGUGGUCGAGUGUGCGAUGUUAAAUUCCCAGAGGAGCAACUGUUUGAUUGAUCAUAUUGAAAUGUUCUUAUGCUCUUUCGAUAGAUACGUGUUUCUGGGGAGAUGUCUGAAUUUCUGAGGGCUCUUUGUUCUUUUGCUUACGUUAUUUUAUAUUGCCUUGCAGGUGCAUUACCAAAAGAAAAAAAAAUGUUAUAUACAUAUGCAUCUUAUUGUUGAAUUCGUAGUCAAAUAACGAGAAUUUUAGGUAGCUUGUGUAGAAUGAAUCCCUUUGAUUAUUUACUA